AUGAACAGCAACCAGGCUUUCCCCGCUCCUCCGGUCGAGAUCUUUGUCGACACGAGAGGAGCCAAGAUCAUGGAGGAUGGCGCUUCCAGUCCAGAUCAGAGAGAUAGUCGCGACAUCUAUCUACCCAACCAUAUCGAGGCUGUCUCCCAUAUCGCAGUCGAUGUCGGAGGAUCGCUCGCCAAGGUCGUCUACUUUACACGCUCACGUUUCAGCGAAUCCAUGCCAUCUUCACCCACCCUCUCGUCUCCAGCGAGCUUCACCACGCCAUUUCCUUUUGCUUCAGGCUCAUCUUCGUCACCCGACCCACUCUCGCCAAAAGCAAGCCAAUCCAGCUUACGCUCGCCGCACCCAUCCUCCAACGGUGCAGCACCCUCCGGCUUCCGCACGCCACCUUCACAAAGCGACCAUCCCAUUGCUUCUGGAACCUUGACACCAACAGCCAUUCUCGGAUCUCCUCAGCUCGCCUCUGCUUCGGCUAUUCACUCCACACUCCUCAAACGCCGCUCAUUACCUGCAGCCUUGCCGGGAGGACGUCUCAACUUUAUCAAAUUCGAGACAAACGACAUCGACAACUGCAUUCGCUUCCUCCAAGAACUCAUCCAGCGUUCGGCUACCGUCAACGGCGUCUCUAUACAAGACAUGCGAAAGGGUGUCAAGCUCAUGGCAACUGGCGGCGGUGCACAUCUCAUGUACGACUUGUUCGAACAAGAACUGGGCAUCGAGGUGCAAAAGGAAGACGAGAUGGGCUGCUUGAUCACCGGUCUCAACUUUAUCACGCUCAUUCCAGACGAAGUCUUUUCGUACUCCGAUGAGCUUGUUGCAGCCUUGCACUCGCCUCUUCCCCAGAAUCCAGAAGCGAGGACAGAUGCACAAGCACUGCGUUCUUCUGUACCACUUCAGCAUCCCCUACCUCGACCUUCGCCGAACCCGCCUCUCUAUGCUCCAGUAUUCGACUCACAUCCUUCGCCCAAGCUGCCAUGUCUGCUCGUCAACAUCGGCUCUGGCGUCUCAAUCAUCAAAGUGGACGAUUUCGGCAAGUUCGAGCGUGUCUCAGGUACUUCGCUCGGUGGUGGUACGCUGUGGGGUCUCCUCUCCUUGCUUACGGAUGCAGACAGCUUCGAUGAAAUGCUUGAACUAUCAGAGCAAGGUGACAACGCAAACGUCGAUAUGCUUGUUGGUGAUAUCUACGGCUCUGUAGGCUUGAACCAUCUUGGUCUCAAGAGCUCCACCAUCGCCUCCUCCUUCGGCAAAGUCUUCCGCAAAGAUCCAAGCUCAUCUGCCCCUCGCAACGCCGAAGAGCGACGCAAGAAGUUCCGAUCCGAAGACAUCUGCAAGUCGCUUCUCUACGCCAUUUCGAACAACAUUGGUCAGAUCGCUUACAUGAAUGCUGAGAAGUACAAUCUCGACCGUAUCUACUUUGGAGGAUGCUUCAUUCGUGGACACCAGGCCACCAUCAGCACACUCUCAUACGCCAUUCGCUUCUGGAGUAAAGGCUCCAAACGUGCGUUCUUCUUGCGUCACGAAGGUUACUUGGGUGCCAUCGGUGCAUGGAUCAAGCAUGUCUCGCAAGACCCGUCAUCGUCUGCAACAAACGCUCGCGCCGUUGCAAAUGCUAUGGUAGGAUCUUUUGCUGGCGGUACAGGCGCACCAGGUCGAUCCACACCGUCCGUACCUUCAGGCCUAGGUCGCUCCGUCUCGCCUGCGCCAUCAGACGUUGAGCCGCUCGACUGGGCACAAAUUCAAGCUGCUUCUCUCAACCCUCCUGUCCUCAACGGCGAUGGUCUGCCUGAACCAGCAUCACAGGAAGCUCCCGUAGUCUUGCAAAAUCCGCAUGUGUCCCGUCUUCAGCAAGAGGAGGCAUCGACAGCGAAAAGCAAGACACCAACACAAGAGUCGACGCGACAAGAAAAAGCACUUGACUCCCAGCAGUCCGACCUUGGCUUCCUCAACGGUCUCAUGUCGCAACAGAAUGCGUCGCAACCCCAGCCUCCGAAACCGAAUGGUGUUGCCCGUGCCGAGCACGAUGACGAGACCGGCUCAGAGACAGAUAAGACUGCAGUGGGCAAGGACGAGGCAGAGCAGCUCAAAGAGAUCCUUGCAUCGCUCAACGCCUUGAAGAUGCCCACGAGUAACGGUGCCGAUCCCGCUACAGCUCAGGCGGAGCGCAACGAGAUCUUAGGGCUGCUAGCCAAUCUCGAACAGACAGAAGAGGUUGUAGGUGGGCUAGAAGGAAAGCUGGAUAGCUUGCUCUCAUCACUCGACACGCUGAUCGCAAACCAAGAAGCUCAGCAGAUCGCACAACAGGCCGUGAACCGUACAAGCUAG